AGUAAACGUUAGAUAGUCGUCGGUAUGUUAGGUUAUCAUUACUGCUUUUAGUCUUAUGAUAUUAGAGUAAAGUUUCUAUUGUCGCGUCCUGGUCGAUGUUUAUGGAUUCACAGAAGUUGGUACAUCUUUAAACGGACUUUCAGGUAAAAAAAAAUGCCAUUACACGGGAAAAUAGUCGUGAUUAAGAGGAGUGGAGGAGAUGGGACUGAAUUUCCUCUCACUGCAACAUGCUUGUUUGGAAGGAACACUGACUGCGAUAUUCGUAUUCAGCUUCCUCAAGUCUCCAGGGAGCAUUGCAGAAUUGACUUGAAUGAAAAUAAAGAGGUCAUUUUGACCAAUUUGAGCUCAGCAAAUCCAACACGUGUCAAUGGAGAGGCUUUGCAGCAGUCUGACCGUCUGAAGCACGGAGAUGUUAUAACUAUUAUUGACCGUUCUUUCAGGUUUGAGUAUCCUCCAGCACCCACACCAAAGAAGAGGACUUCCAGAGGAGGCAAAACUGAAACCCUCAAGGUCCUGCAAGAUCAGCGAGUGGAUGACACUGCCGUAGUUGGAACAGGAGAAAAGAGGAUCUCUGAAGUAUCUACAGACCCUCAUCUUAAAGAUGCAGCUAACCAUGACAACAUCCAGCGAUCCCUGGAGAAAACUGUGGACAUGGAGUCCAAGGAAGAUGGAAGUCUGGUCCAAAACACCACCUCCCCCUUCAGUGAUCUGUAUCAAAUGAUCAAAAAGUCUUUGGACGUCAAGACGCCUCGGAAGUCUUCUGCCAGUCUGCUUCAGACGCCUUCCUCAAGGUUCUGCUCUCCAAAACCUGCCUCCGUCCGAAAGAGUGACGGGAAAUUUGUCAUUUUCACAGAAGACAAAAGCGCUCCCAAGAAGGAUGAAGUUAAGGCCUUAAGUGGAACCCCAGAGUCUGUAAAGAAGCAGAAAAAGGCCGUCAAGCUUCCCUCUACUGAGACAGCUGGAUCAAGAGGGGAUGAAGCUGAACAGCCCACCAAGUCUCCUUCACCUCGGAGGAGAAACAGUGUGACUCCCCAGAGGUUUUCGCCGUGUGAGGUUAUUGAGCAAGCAACACCCAAAUCACCUGUGAGACGGAGGAGUAAGGAAGCCACUCCUGCCAAACCUGCAGUGACAAAGCAACAAGACAAGCAAGCUUCUCCCAAAACUGCAUCACCAAGGAGCUCAGGAAAAGCUGAAAAGGUGAAAGAAGUCACCAAAAAACGCAAAAGUGGAGAACUUGGGUCAGACUUGCCUACAAUGAAAAUGAAGAAGAAACGAGUUUCCUUUGGAGGUCAGCUGAGCCCGGAGUUAUUUGACAAACGGCUUCCUCCUGACUCUCCGUUACGCAGAGGAGCCACUCCACGGAGAAGCUUGUCUCUCUUUAAAAACAAAGAGUCACUCCUUCGACGAGCAUCUGUCAUCGGCAUGCUAAAAGAGUUUGACAACGAUAGUCCUAAGAAGUCACCAAGUGCCAAGAGUGCUUCUCCUAAGACUGCAACACCUGGAAAGAAGUCUCCUAAAUCCAAGUCCUCUUCUCCCAAGGCAGCAUCUCCUGCCAAGAAGUCACCAAAAUCCAGAUCUCCUUCUCCUGCCAAGAAGUCACCAAAAUCCAGAUCUCCUUCUCCCAAAGCAGCAUCGCCUGGAAAGAAAUCUCCCAAAUCUGUGUCAUCUACUCCUAAGGCGGCAUCCCCUGCAAACAAAACCCCAAAAUCCAGGUCCUCGUCUCCAAAGGCAGCUUCUCCUGGGAAGACCUCUCCCAAAUCCAGGUCGUCUUCUCCCAAGGCAGCAUCUUCUGCAAAGAAGUCACCAAAGUCCAGGUCCUCUUCUCCUAAAGCAGCAUCUCCUGCUGGCAAAAAGAGGUCAUCUGUAGGAGUGUCCAGUCCUGCCCCCUUGACCGGUGCAACACCAGCUAAAACCCCCCUGAAUUCAGGAAUCCAGACACCCACAGUGCAGGGACGCUUCUCUGUGUCACGCAUCAGUACACCCUCUCCAGUUACCGAAGCUGAUGCUGUCACUGACCAGGUGCCUUCACUCACUGUUACCCCUAAAAUACCGAUAAGGAGGAAGAGCAUGAAGAGCGCCUCGCGGAAGACUCCAAGUAUUUCCAAGAGUGCUGUAAAAGUAAUGCACAGACGGAGUGGCUUCUCACGGGUGUCGAUGAAAGUCGUAAAUUCCUGGGCGAACAUUGUGAAAUUUGGAGAAACUAAGGCUCAAGUUGUAGCUCCACCUAAAAAGGCGAUCACUAAAAAGGCAGUGAAGAAGACAGUGAAGAAGACAGUGCCCAAAGCACAGACUCCUGCAAGAAAACUGAAGGGCCUUGUGAGCACCGGACAUGCAAAUUCACCUGCUACCAUUGUUGUGGGCAGAGCUCACAAGCAAAGUGUCGUACAUCCAACUGGUGCUGCACCGAGAGUGGUCACCAAUACUGCACUCUUCAAAAAGAGCAUGAAAAUGGACGAGGACCUAACUGGUAUUUCUGAGAUGUUCAAAACUCCUGCAAAUGAACGGAAGAGGAGAUCUGUAAUCAACGAGAACAGUGCUAUGAAGACACCGGCAGGAGGUCUGGGCACAUCUGUGAUAGAACCAUCAGUGCUGAACACACCAGAGGAGCCAGAUGAAAUGAUGGUGUCUCCACUGAGCGUUGCAUCUACAGUAAAAAGCAGACGAUACAACUCCGAGGCAGUCCAACGCCUCCUAAAUGGAGACCAAGACUCUAGCUUUGUUGGUGACAUCUCUGCCCCAGAGACUCACUCUGAGUGUAGUGAGGAGCAGUACACAGAUUCAAAGACAGCCUCUGUAACAACUCCCAAACAGAAGCCAGAAUUACCAGAAUCUCUCACUGGAGUGAAGAGGAUCAUGAAGACACCAAGACAGAAGGCUGAACCUGUUGAGGAUUUGAGAGGAAAACUCCUGAAAACUCCUAAACAGAAGCCUGAACAGAAGGAGUGUCUCAGUGGAAUAAAGAGGAUCAUGAAGACCCCAAGACAGAAAGCUGAGCCUGUUGAAGACCUGAGAGGGAAGAUUUUGAAAACUCCCAAACAGAAGCCUGUCCAACAAGACUGCCUCACUGGAGUUAAGAGAAUUUUCGAGACUCCCAAACAGCAAGCUGAACCCCUUGAAGACCUUCAAGGAGAACUUCUGAAGACUCCCAGCGCCCCAGAGGCUGGCAAUGUGAGUUCGGAUGGUAUUGAGGAACUCGUGCAGACACCAGCACCUGUGCAAAAAGACCUGUCUGAAAUGACAGAUACGAAAACUCCAGACGUGAAGAGCUCCCCGAUGGUAUGUCUGACAGACAUCAAGAGAGUAAUGAAGACACCAAAGCAGAAGAGUGCUCCAGUUGAAGACAUGGUUGGCGUGAAGAGGCUCCUGAGGACUCCCAGAGAGAAAGGUGAACCUGUUGAGGAGAACUUCGGGAUCAAGAGGCUGAUGAAAUCACCCCGGCUGAGGGGUAUUGCUCCAGUGGAAGACUUUGAAGGACUUCAAGAGCUCAUGGAGGAGCCACUGACUGAUCCCACAGGACAAAUUGAGACAAAUGAGGAUGAAGAUCAAAUGCCUGUGCAUGAUGGUGCAGAUGCCACAAAAGAAGCAAAUGAAGUUGUCAUUGACCAUUUGGAGGAGCCAAGUAGUCACAAUGUUGACUCCCCAGAUGCAAUGGAAACUGUCUCUCAGGCAGAUGAGAAAGCUGCUCUGGAACAACCAAAAGAAGAUACAGUAGAUGAGAAUGUACCUGAAGUGGAGAUUGCUCCUGGCAAAGUCACAGAAAUGGAUACAACUGUCACGGAUCCUGUCCAUGACAAGAAAUCUGCUCGAGGCAGAAGAGCAAAAACAGUCGAAUCUACACCAGCUCAGGAUAAACAAGAGGCACCAGAACCUUCUGAGGAGCCUGUAGUCUCUGCUCCCGUCAGAGGAAGAAGAGCGAAGAAAACUGAAGCUGCAGCGCCACCCGCUGUUCGACAGACGACAAGAGGCAGAAAUGCAAAGACCACUGAAAACAGGGAUGUUGAGCUCACAGCAGAAGACAGCGCUCCUCUGCCUUCUAAAGUUGCUCCUAAGCCAAAGAGAGGCAGAAAUGCCAAAAACGCUUCUGACGGUCAAGUUGAAAUAGUCCAAGAAGUUGUCGCUGAAACUGCCGUAGAACCUGAGAGUGAACAGAGCCCAGCUGUUGAUGUCGAUCACAAAGCAGAUGACGGUGCGGCACCAAAGGAGAAGGCUGUGUUGAAGCCCAGACGAGGGCGAAAAGCUAAACCUGAACAAUCAGUGCCAGAGCAGCAAGAUGAGCCUUGCGUCCAGACUGAAGAUGUUCCCCAAGCUGAUAUGGCAAAAGCUGAUGCAAAUGACCAGAUGGAGGUGUUGCCAGGUGGGACUGAUGAAAAUACAUCAGAUGCCAAGGAAACAAUCCUCCAGGCACCUGAAACUGAGAGUUUGCCUGAUGUGGAGACAGCAGCUAGCAAAGUCACAGAAGUGAAUGCAGGUGAAGUUCAGAAAAAACCUGUUCGAGGCAGAAGAGCAAAAGUGGUGGAAUCUAAACGAGCUGAGGAUAAACAGGAGGCAGCAGAAUAUUCUGAAGAGCCUGUUGUUACAGCUCCAGUCAGAGGAAGAAGAGGGAAGAAAGUGGAAGCUGCAGCACCACCUGCUGUUAGACAAACAACAAGAGGCAGAAAUGCAAAAUCUAAGGAAGUCACCUCUGAUCAGCCUGCUGUUGAAACACAGCUGAUGACUGAGGUUCCCACUGAAGCUGUGAGUGUCCAAACUACCAGUCAAGAAAAUGGUUCUGCAUCCACAACAGAAGAAGCUGUCGUGAAGCCGCUUAGGGGGAGAAAAACUAAACAAACACCCGUUGAGCCGGAAGAAAAUGAAGCAGUGAGUGAUGAACAAGCUCAGCCUCAGCAACCCGCUCCUCCUAGUGCUGGAAAACCCAGAAGAGGGAGAAAGACGAAGCCUGAUACUGAGGAACAGCAUGAGGCAGCAGAGGACAAGGUCGAGACUCCUCAGCAGUCUGAGCCUCCAGUCAGGGUUAAGAGGGGAAGGAACACCAGACAAGAAGAAAAGAUGGACAGCGAUGCCAAGACUGCUAAAUCCCAGGAGCCUGUUCAGAAAGUGAGGAGAACCAGAAAACCUGAACAAGACGAACAAGAAGUGGUUGUUGCAGAGGAGGGAGAGGCUCCACUUUCUGAACCAGUGAGUGUAGCCCCUGUGGCCGCAAAGCCCAGGAGAGGAGGCCGAAAAGCAAAACAGGACACAGAGAGUGUAACCCCUGUGGAAUCCGCUGAGGUCCAAGAGGUCCCUGUUGUCAGCUCGACAAGCAAACCCCAACGUGGCAGGAGAGGAAAACAAGCUUCUGAAGAAGCUGUGGCCACUGCUGAAAAUCCUGAACAUGAGCUGGAGGCAGAAGAGAAGAAAGAUGCUGAGCCGGCUGCUCCAGUCGUUAAACAAAGCAGGGCAAGAGGAGCAAAAACUUCUGCGAAAAGUGAGAUUUCACAAGUCGUCCCAGCCAAGAGAGCACGUCGAGGUGCAGCUCCUCCUCCUGAAGAGGCCAGCACUGAAUCCACUGAGUCUGCUGCAGCUACAGUUGAACCAGCAAAGAAGGGGAGACGGGCGGCGGCAAAGGCCACAACAGAUGAAACCAUGGAGACCAGCAACCAGGCAAAUCCCUCCGAAGAUGCUGUUGUCGAAGACACAAAAACGUCCAAAAGAUCUGUCAAGUGGAAAUCAGACUUGGAAGUCAUUGACAUUCCUAAAACCACACCUGUCAGGGCAGUUCGAGGUAGGAAGUCAAAACUUGGAGACCAAGCUGAAAGCAAAAAUGUGUCAAAGGAUGCCAACAAACCUGAAGAGGAGGAUCUCUCAGACAAAGUUGUUGAAGCUCAGCCCGCCAAGAGAGCCAGGCGAGGGGCAACUGCUGGCAAAGCCGAAGCCACGAGCAAGGCGGACCAUAAGGAAGCCGCUGAAGCUGAACAGCCUAAAACUCGAAGGGGAAGAUCAGCUAAAAAGUAGACACAUUUGUAUAUAUUCUUAAUCACAGUUAGUUUUUGUCCAUGUAUUUUUUUUUGUACUUGUCAUAUUUUUUUUAGAUUGAAAGGCAUUGUAGUACGUAGUUUUAUAGACUGAAAAUGAAGCACUGCUUUUUGUCCAGUUCAGCAGGGAAUCUUGUUUUUACCUCUAUAUUUUGUGACAAGCUGUAUGUUAUUCUUAACUGUUUUUGCAAAUAUUUUAUGGUGAAAAAAGUGGUUAUUAAAUUUUCUACUACUAUGGAAA